UUUGCUUUUCAAAGCCGGCCAAGUAACAACAUACAUUUGGAUUUAAAAUUAAAAAAAAAAAACAAACAAAGCAUAAACAAGUUAAAAUUGUGAUAAAUAGUUGUUAUUAAGAAAACAAAUAAAAGUUUAAGCCUACAAAAUGGUUGAUGACAUAUUUACUAAAAAGGUAUGGGUUGGAAAAAAUUUAUUGAUUAUAAUGGUUUUACUAAUGUCAUGCCGUCAAACAUUACAAGCUAAAUCUAUAAAUGACUUUCAAAAGCUUGAAGCUAACGCUGUAAAUAAAUCAGUACAGGAACUUUCAGCUGGUGGCAUGGAUCCGAUUUCGAAGUUACGUGCUAUUUGCAUUUCACGUGGCGCCAAUGGCAUUAUUGGUUUGGGCAGAGUUUUCCGUAAUAUGGAUGAUGAUGGCAGUAAAGCUCUAAAUGAAUAUGAAUUCACAAAAGGAAUUAAAGAAAUGGGCUUGGAAUUGAGUAAUGAGGAGAUUAAGGAAAUGUUUCGUAGCUUCGACGAAGACGGUAGUGGUUCAGUAAAUAUGACAGAAUUUCUGCUUAAGUUAAGACCUCCCAUGUCAAAAGCUCGUUUAGAUAUAAUUGAUAAAGCCUUUGCCAAAAUGGAUAGAACGGGUGAUGGUGUCAUAACCCUGGAGGAUUUAAGAAAUGUUUAUACGGCUCGUGAACAUCCAAAAUUCAAGAGUGGCGAAAAGACUGAAGAUGAAAUUUUAACUGACUUUUUGCAUAACUUUGAAGGUGGUCGCGGUAACUUGGAUGGCAAGGUAACCAAAGAAGAAUUUGUUAAUUAUUAUGCCACAAUUAGUGCCUCCAUAGAUAAUGAUGAAUAUUUCCAAUUAAUGAUGACAAGAGCUUACGCUAUGGAUUAAUCAGACGUAGUAUAAGAACAUUUUGGUUAUAUGUAUAAAUGAAAUAACUGUUUUGCACAAUUUUCCAUUUCACAUUUAUUUUCUGUUUUCAAAUAUUUAUUUUGAAAUUUAAUUAAGAUCAAAUAAACAAGUAUUAUACAUACGAUUUGUAUUUUUAAAAGCAA